CUGAUCAGUCGCCUACUCGACGGCCAAACGUGCAGUUCACACAGCUCAAGCUGCCUAAAAAUCAAGCGCGUCCACGCUUAGUGCUUCAAUAAAAGUUUCAAUUAACUUUAGUGAGAGUGUACUUUGCACUUUUAUUCGGAAAUUGAAUUUCGGAAUUGAGAAUGUAAAUAAAUACACAUUAGAGAAAAAUAAAAAAAUAGCAGAAAAUUUUUUUCAAUUUUAACGAAAUUGUAAUUGCAAAUGAUUUUGACUUUUUGGCUACAAAACCAAAUAAAAAUAAACAAACAAAUUCCGAUUGAAUUUGAGCGCAACAACAACAAUAAUAAAUAAUAACGGUGGCGUGAGUCCACAGCGCAAUGCAAGUGAGAAAGUCUUUCAAUUGAUUGAGUGAUUCCGAGAGAGGGUAAAGUGUUGGAAUUUAUUUUUAGCGUGAAGUAGUUGUUGUCUUUUGUAAACAUUGUUGCGUUUUUACAGACAUUUAUGAGUGUUCAGUGAAUUUUCUUAUCUAGCUUUCGCUUAUCACUAACUAUUCUUUGCCCCACAUUCGUUUAUUAUCAAAAUCAUUGAGCGCAUUUUUCUAAAAUAAAAACAUAAAUAUAAAACUAAAAUUUCUAAAAAAAAAUACUCAACAUGAUUCCCCUCGAUGAAGUGAGCAUUUACACAUUGCUGAGAAUGGCGUUCGUUUGGCAACUACUGUCGUUCGGUGUCUAUUUGGUCGGCCUCCUGGCCAUUGCCGUAUUCUUCUUCGAUAACUUCAAAUCGGUGGUGUUAAUCAUCAAGGCGAUUCUGGAGCCAUAUUUCCAGCCUCAACUGCCGCAAACAUUGGUGGAAAAGUUUGGAAAGUGGGCAGUAAUCACUGGUUCAACGGAUGGCAUUGGACGGGAAUAUGCUAAAGAAUUGGCCAAACAAGGCAUAAAUGUUGUGCUCAUCUCGCGCACCAAGGAGAAGCUCAUAGCGGUGGCAGAGGAGAUCGAAAAUGAGUACAAAGUGAAGACGAAAUGGAUCGUAGCAGACUUCGCCAAGGGGCGUGAGGUGUAUACACAUAUUGAACGAGAGCUAAGUGGCAUACCAGUAAGCAUAUUAGUUAACAAUGUUGGCAAAAUGUACGACUACCCGGACGAACUCUCCCACAUACCCGAAGACACCAUUUGGGAUAUGAUCAAUAUAAAUGUCGCCGCUGUAACCAUAAUGUCACGUAUGCUCAUACCAGAACUGAAGAAACAGAAACGUGGUGCCAUUGUCAAUAUAUCCUCUGGCAGUGAAUUACAACCUAUACCCUAUAUGGCAGUGUAUGCCGCUACCAAACGCUAUGUACGAUGUUUCUCGCAGGCGAUCGAGCGUGAAUUGGCGGAACAUAAUAUAACUGUACAGUGUGUCACACCGCUUUUUUUGGUCACAAAAAUGAAUCAAUAUUCCGAUACCGUAAUGAAGGGUGGCUUUUUAAUACCAGAUGUGAAGAGCUUCACACGUUCAGCCGUUUUUACUUUGGGCAAAUCGACGGAGACGACGGGCUAUUGGACACAUGGCUUGCAGUAUUUUUUCAUGAAACUGAGCCCAGAGUGGCUGCGCAUACGUAUUGCUCAUGUGAUGACACGACAGUUGCGUCUAGAGUACCUGACGACCCAUGGAAAAAAGGUCUGAAAGACUGAAACAGGAUGUAUAAAUUUCUUUAAUUUUCGAUAUUCUCAUUAUCAUUCACUUACUCAUGUAUUGUAUAUACAUACACUUAUUGCCUUAAGCGUUCAUCUUUCAUCUACAUAUGUACAG